AUGACUCGGUACUCGGACUUCUCGCCUCCGGGUUCGCCGUCAUGGUCUCAAGCUCCUGACAAAAGGUCCCUGAAGCGAACUGGCGGUGCGCAUGGAUCUGAUGAAGAUAUGGUUAGCAGGUCAUUGCCCCCACGACGCGCUCGGGCCAAGGCUAUGGAUGAUCAAGUGUGGAUGCAAGACGCGCCCAAGAGCAAGAGAAAGCGGAUACAGGCAGUUUCGCCAGCUCCAGACGCAGUCGACCCGGAGACUGAAGCAUUUGUAGCUAAGAAGGCGAAGGCGGAUAAAUCGGACGUUCAAGCACGAUCCGCCAAGUCCACCGCUAAGUCAAGCACUGCGUCCCACGUAUCUUCAGCGACGCGCGUGCAAGUGGUGCCUCGUCUCUCGCGCACAGCUUACGAAGGUUCAGACGGCGAAGCCGCGCCGAGUCGUAACGCCGCCACGUACCGCGACAGCCGCACAUCGUCAAUCACGGGACGUUCAGUUCCUCGUCUCUCUCGUGCAGCGUACCUCAACAACUUGGACGACGAGCCACCGCGCAUGAUGUCGAACCGUGCAGCCUCACAGCAGUCUUCGUCACUUGGUCAAUGCAUGGACCCGGCCGCGCGAAAAUGGUCACAACAUGCCGUUCAACAACAAAAGUCGCGCCGCACAUCUGCCGCACUCUACUCCAGUGAUGAAGAGCUCAUCAUUCCUGGUUUCGGCGCCGGUGACGCAGAGGCUGAGGGAGAGGACGCUGAGGAUGUCGGCGAGGCUGAGGAACGUGACGAGUGGGACCAGCUAUCUCCACGUCAGCUGGAGGAGGCAUUCGCCCAAGAGAGGCCUGUCUGGGCGGAAACGCAGCGCUCUCGCGGCAGCGCUCAGGUCUCGUCCUCGCCGCCGCAACCACCCUCGCCACCACGGCCAAACUCGCCGGAUGUCCCGGUCAAUCGGCACGGGUCCGCCUCCUCAAACAACGGUGAUAAGUCUCGGCGCUCGCGGCCCCAAGCUCUCGACGACCGACCUGGCUCAGCGCAUGUCAGGAGGGGCUCGCGUGAUCCGGGGCGAGUUAGUGCGUACGGUACGUCCGACGAUGACUCGCGUGAGGUCCGCGCAGAUCGCUCCAGUGCCGGCGAUCGCACUCGCCGCGGCAGUGUCGACAGCCGCGAGGACAAGCGUGCCAGGCGUGAUGCGCAGCCCGCACGUAGCGGGAGGACUGAUCAUGCAGCGGCACGCCAGAGCUUGAAGAGCCGGGCUCAGCUCGCAUACGAACAGGAGCAACCGUCUUGGCAGCCUUCCGAUGCAGAGGACUCAGGGCAUGAGGUGCGCCGUGGAUCCUCGCAAACAUCUCACAGCCGGAGUCAGUCACGCUCGGAAGUCCACCCUCGACAACGUUGGACGUCGGACACAGAAGACGAAGACGUCGAUUGUCGUGACGGUUCAGUGCAAUGGCCAGCAUGCACGAGGAUCGUGUUACCGCAAGGCCGUGAGGCCUUCCAACUCACAGCGCAGAGUCCCGACAUCCAGACUCUGUUGCGCAAGUCUAUCAAGACCGUUGAAUACCACCUCGCCUUUGUUCACGCCUUCCCUGAACCGAAAUUGAAGACGGAGUUCGUGCGUCAGCAACUCCUGAAAUGUGCGAAGGACCUAGGCCUCCGAGAAGUUGCGCGCCGCAUCAGCCGUGAUGUGAACCAUCCUCCUUCCAUAUUGGGAAGUAAUCUAUUCUUACACCUGAACUACCACAUCGUCUGUGUGCGAACCCCGCGCCAUCCGAGUACGUUCAGUCCUUCUCGGCCUGCGCUCCUCGCCACGCCUAGGACCAAUCCUAGACAAGGCUCCUCGCCUGUGUCCGGGACUCCCCCUCGACACGGCUCCUCGCCCUCGUCUAGGACACGCCCUCGGCCUGGCUCCUCGCCCGACCUAGGACACACCACGCCACUGCUAGGCUCCUCGCCCGGCUACGACUAUAGCGGGAGCUCCUCGCCUCGCUAA